AACACUUCGAAAGCAAAGCAAGUUAAUGGCCCGGGAUAUCUUAUUUUGCUGUUGUGAGCUGAAAUCUGGACUAUUGCAAGUUCUUUUGAUCAUUUCCAAUGUCUAAUUUACAUCCUCAAAUGCUAACACAGUAAUAGUUCGAUUUAUCAAUCAGAUUACGAUGGCGGACCUGGAGGGUCUGAAGAAGGUGCUGCGCUCGCUGGUGGUGUCGUCGGCGACGACGAUGGACGCGGCGUCGCUGCUGCGCGACUACCGGCGCAUGCUGGGCGAGCCGCUGCCCUCCGCCAAGCACGGCUUCCGCGAUCCAGUGCAGUUUCUGCGGGAGCGCUGCUCUGACUGUUUCUUGUUUGCGGGGCCGCAGAACAAUCCCAUACUGACCCUCAUUGUGACGGACUCCAUCAAACACAUUGACCAGUUUGUCCAGAGCCAGAAGUCCUCAAAGCUGGGAAGGGGAAAACGGAGAAGCGUGCCAGAGUCCAUAAUAAAAAAACCACAGCCUAGUCUAAUAGCAACCACGUUUAACAAAGAGGCCACUAAAAUACCAAACGGCAGACCAAUAACCACAUCCAACAGAGGAUACACAGAAAGAGAGCCACCGACAGAACCGAGGAAACCGGAACCAAAGGCACGAUUCACGGAACCCUGGAAACUGGAACCAAUACCACAAUAUUCAGAACCUAGGAAACCGGAGCCGGCUCCACAAGUCACAAAGCCUGUUAGCAUUACUACUACACCUAGUGCCAAGAAGGCUGAGUCGGUUGCCCCAUCAGCUAAGGUGGAGACAUUGAGCAACGGACACAGCGAGCAUGAAGAAGGGGACUCGCACCAGCGGUUGCAGCGGUUCCUGAAGAAGCGAAUGCCGGUGUACCAGUCGCAGAAGUUAGGCAGCAAAGAGUCGCUGCAGGACGAUGAUUCAGGCCGGCAGACUUCCUCCAGCCUGAGCGAGCGUUCGGCGACGGCGUGGGCGAACCUGCAGGCCGAGAUACUGCGGCUGGUGGCGCGCCGACCUGAAGGCCUCUGGUGCAGCGAGCUUCUACGGCUGUAUGAAGAGGAAUACGGCCACGAGCUGAACUUCGCUCGGUUCCGCUACCCGUCGGUGUCGGCGUGCGCGUGCGCGGUGGAAGGAUUGAGCGCGCAACGAGCCGCGGACGGCAACUGGCUGCUCACAGUACAAGGAGGACAGACGCCUGGCCCGCGCCGCGCGCCGGCGCUGCGCCUGCGCCGCGCCGCGCGGGACGCCUCGCUGGGCGCCAGCAGGCGCUCCAGUCGCACGCUACUCGACGCAGAUGACGCCUUGCCUGGCAUAGACUAUGACCCAGACGUGUUCCCCUCUGACUGCCUGAGCUUUCUGGAGAGCAUCCCGGCGGGCAGCCUGGCCGGAGUGGCCCCCGGAGACAUGCUGCCUGUAGUGGUGGCCGAGGUCUAUUCCCCGAGCCAUCUGUGGCUGCAGCGGCUGGGGCCUGAGCAUGACCUCAUGCAGGAGCACAUGGAUCAAAUGACAGAGUACUACACGAAAGGAGAGGGCGUGGAGCGCGUGCUCGCGGCCGGCGCGCGGCGGCCGGGCCAGUACUGCAGCAGCGUGUUCGAGGGCGACUGGCACCGCUCGCUCAUCGUGCAGGUCGUCGACAGCGACACUGUCAAGGUGCGGCACGUGGACUACGGCACGGUGGACACGGUGGCGGCCUCGUCCCUGCGGCCGCUGAGGCGGCAGUGGGCCUCGCCGGGCGCGCAGGCCGUGCGCGCGCGCCUGGCCGGGCUGCGGCCCGCCGCCGCCAGCCGGCGCUGGCCGCGCGCCGCCGCCGCGCACUGCCUGCAGCUGGUGCGCGAGCGGCGCCUCGUCGCCAACGUGGUGGCCGCGGACCAUGAGGAGAGCAUCCUGGAAGUGUUCCUGAUCGACACGUCGACGGACGAGGACGUGAACAUCUCGGAACAGAUGAUCCGCGCCGGGCACGCAGACGCGCGGCCGCUGCCCGCGCUCGGGGCGCGCGACGGCUACCUGCUGCCCACCUUCCACGCGCUCGAGACCGGCCUCACGCCCAACUACAGCGAGAUCCACGCGCUGCUGCGCGACGGCAUCGCGCUCGACUUCGUCGACUCCUACCGGAACCACGUCGCAGCUUUACUACCCACCUCUAGCGACGACAGCAGCGAGCCGGCCGAGCGCGCCGAGGCGGACGGCGCGCUCGAGUCGGACGAGCCCUCCAGCCCGCCGCCCUCCCCGCCCCCUCCGCUGGCGGCUAACCGGGUGCCGAUGGCGCUGUCGCUCCUCCGUCUCGCUCCCUCCCCGCCGACGGAGGAGCUCCUGGGACUCGGGCCGGUGCCGUCGCCCGUCCCGAACUCCACCCCCGCCGCGUCGCCGCGCGAACAGUCGGCCGAGCUCGACUCGCCCGUGCCGGAGAUUCAGGAGCGUUGCAUGACCCCGGUGACCUCGGCCCCGGAGCCACCGGCCGCGCCCGCUCCUCCCGCUCCCGCGCCCGCGCUCGCUCCCGCUCCCGCUCCCGCGCCCGCUAAGCCCUGCUGUGCCAACUCGUGCUGCCCCGCGCCGCACCCCGCGUCGUUCUACGCGCUCCCGUACUGCCCGUGCACGCAGGCCUACAAGCCGCAGGUCCAAGUUCCGGUCUCUGUACCUAUGGUCCGCCAUUAUGCGCCCGGGUAUUUCCGCCCGCGCGUGUCCCCCCAGCAGUACUAUCCCCAGUUCAGACCGCCGGUUAGUAUGAACUGCUACGCCGGCCAGCCAGUUUUCCACCAGGCCCACCAAAACUUUCCGGCCGCGCAACAACCACAAAGUUUUGUUCCGAAUUCGGCACAGAAUCCCCAUCAGUUCGUUCUGAACUCGAUGCAUAACCCGCAGCACUUCGUAUCGAAUUCGACACAAAACUUCAGGCCAUACCCGGGACCAAAUCCACAUCCAGUUCCUCAAAACUUUAGGCCUGGCCCUGUAACUAAUUCGCCAAAUUUCGGACCGUGCCCUGCGCCGAAUUCGCCUAACUUCGGACCGACCCCUUCGCCGAAUCCGUCUAACUUCGGCCCGAGUCCUAUGCCUAAUUCGCCAAAUUUCAGAACUAGCCCUGUACCAAAUCCGUCUAUCGUCGGACCUGCACCUAAUAGCGCUAGUUCACCAAAUCUGCAACUCGCGAGCCCCGCGCGAAACGGACCGCAACCCGCAAACUUCGGUCCGGGGCCGCUCCGAGCGUCGUCGAAUACUCUAAACGGAGACGGCCCCUCGGUGCGACUAGGCGCAGAAGAGUGCGAGAUAUUCGAGUUGCUUUCCCGCGUAGACCCGGGCGCCGCGCACCGUUACAUGAUCGCAGCGCUACGGCGCGCGCGCGGCGGCCCCGACCGGCCUCGAGGCCCCGACCGGCCCCCCGGCCUCAACCCCCACGCGGCCGAGUUCCGCGCGCAGCCGGACUGCCGCCCGCCGCCCGGCUUUGAGAACUGUACCAAGUAGCGCGUAACAAACACGGUUAGCCGGCCAUUGGUAAACCUUAUUGUAACGACAUAAGGCCUACCGAUGGUCAGUUAAGUGUUGCUAGUGUACCCCGCGACCGCCCUACCUCAACCGUUGCGAAAAGUACGCGCCCUGCUGCUAUUGCUAUUAGAGUCCUUCUAACUUUUCAAUAGAACAUAAUGGGGGAGUGCCAUUAUAAACGUUAUAUUUUCAUAGAAAUUUGACACUGCCACACAUUAUCAUUACAAAUGCCGCGCAAAGUCAGCUUGGUCCGACUAAUCAGGAACACAUUUAACUGACCUUUUUUACGAUAAAUAAAAGUUUGUGCCUUACUUAUACGCUUCAAUGCCGUUAUAUAACUAUAAAAGCUCAAUUAAAUGUGUUACUGACGGUUCUAUUGUGUGUGCUCACCGCUCCGCCCGACCUCGUAUAAGCCGUAUAAUUACUUCUCAAGUAUUACUCAUACCUUUGUAAAUAAACAAAUCGAUUAGAUAGCUUGAAAUAUUUUCAUGUUGUACAAGUAAUAAUAAGUACCUACGCCAUGCCUAGGCAGCGGGGUCGAAACAGCCCGUGAUCUUCGCGAAGCAGCAAAGAUAUUGACUGAUUAUUGUUAAUAAUACGCGACGCGUAAAUGUCGUGAGUAAAAUAUUUUGUGAUUGUAAGUUUUUCUGAUACAAAGUCAUUAAAUGGCGCCCUAGUGUAAGCAAUUUCAUUACAAAUGAUUAUUUGGAUUAAUCUCUUUAGAUUUCACUUUUUGUUCUUCCAUUUUGACUUAAGUUUUCAGUUGUUUUUUUUACAUACUUGUCCGCAAGUAUAAUUUUUUUAAUGUUGAUAUGAAUAGUUUAGUAUUAAGUAUAAAUCUACUUGUUAAUGUUUACCGCAUUUAACUACUGUUACUAAUAAUCUAUCUUGUUAAGUGCAAAUUGACAUUGAAUUUAUCAAUAAGUAAUCUAUAUCUCAAAGAAGGCUUGUUGGCCGCAAACAUAAUUGGAAUAAGUUUGAAAGGCAAUAUUUCCACGGCAACGAGUCGUAAAUCUGAGAGCCAUCGUUGAUUAGAUCUGUGAUAGUAGGUGUGGGUCCUCUGGGUGUGUCGUGCCGAGAGAACCUGGACCACUGGACUAUUAUUGUAAUAAAAACUUUCUCAAUAAAUAUUAAAAAAUGA